AUAUCCAAUCACGAGUUGACACUGUGUGACCACAGUUCCUGGUUACGGGCGGAGAGAGAGUGGCUAUAUACGAGCUCCAAUUUAAAGAUCUGUUAUUUCAAUAGGUGCUGAAAACUGUUGACCAUGAUCGACGUGCGAGGCUGGGCGGAGUACGUGGUGGAGUGGGCUGCCAAAGACCCCUACGGUUUCCUCACGACGGUCAUACUGGCUCUCACACCCCUCUUCAUUGCCAGUGCGCUGUUGUCGUGGAAACUGGCCAAGAUGAUUGAAGCCCGGGACAAAGAGCAGAAGAAAAAGCAGAAACGUCAGGAGAAUAUUGCAAAGGCCAAGAGGGCCAAGAAAGACUGAGCCUCUGAGAAGGGCACGGAGGGAUAAGCAAUAGGAGGGAGCUAAAUGGCCUGGCCCACGGCUGUAUUUCCCUCCCAAGUCUUCCAGCCCCACUACCAUUGCAGGCCCACAAGGCAGCUUUUGUGGGAGAAGAAGAGGAAAAAUGCCCACAGGGCCCCAGGGCUGACAGACAAUACUGCAGGGACGUGGCGCCUCCUCCUCCCUAUGGGACUCUUGGUAGCAGGAGCACAGUGGUCAUCUGUAUAAUUUGUUUCCGUGCAGAGAUUCACUUUACAUUGCAGCUGUUGCAUCACCUUGCAUUCCCUUUUUACCAUUGAUUUUGUUGAUUUGAUUGCAUAGAAACUCGACUGGAAAUGUCAUUUUCUUCCAAAUUGAAAGUAUUAUUACCAAGUGAUUUUAAUAAAGUGCUGGUGGGUUAUAGUUAUCUCUGGGCAUUUAAAUAUAGAAGUGGAUUACAAUAACAUCCAAGUGUCUUUCAUUGUAAAACGUGGUGUCUCAAGCACCUUGUUGUGAAGUUAAUUAAGGAGCCCUGAAGUUAUGCUACUGGUGCAAGCCAUGAAAACCCCCCACCACUGAGCAAGACUGAUUAUUUUAUCUAUUCCAUCACCCUUUUUUUUCAUCAGAUCUUUCAUUCCGAUUUGUAAUCAAGUGAAGUAAUUUUCUCUUUAAGAAAUUCAUUCAAUGACCACUGGAGCUGUAAUAAGAUAAUAUUCAGUUAAUUUAUCUAUAUAUAUAUAUUUUCAUUUACUGUUUUACCACCAGGUUUGAGUGUGUGUAGCUAUUUCUAAAUCUACCCUGCCCUGUGACAGUGACAUGGAUAGAAUUGAGUAUUUAAUAGAAAUUGCCCAUCACAAGUUAUGAUGUAGUGAUGACAAGUGAUGUCUUUAAUAUUCUUGCUUUAUCCAAGAAAGUUCAUUUUAGAGUGAUCCAUUAACCAACUAUUUGAACUUCAGAAGCAUCAAGCAGCACAUUUAUGGUAAUGUUCUUGAUAAAUGAACAAUGAUUUAUUUUUGGAAUUGUAUUAAUUUGACUUAUUUGGUGUAAAAUAACUAACACUAACUGCGCAAAAAUAUAUUUAUUGAAGUAAGAUAAAGCUAUUGUCAAUUGGAUCUGACUGUCAAAAUACACAAAACCAUUAUCUACAUACAACCAACAUCAGCAGUGUCACAGAAACAGCCUUUCCUUCGAUCAAACCUAAGGAAGUUCUAGUACUGAGGUCUAUAAAACAAACUGAUUGUGGUCCAUGUCCAAGUAUUUGCCUCUUUCAACAGUUCUGAUGCUGAGUGAAAUCACUGGUUAUAAAAUUAAUAACUGGUUUUGUUCUUUUGGUAGGGGCACAUAAAACAUGCAGUGAUUUGGUUGCAAUUAUUUUUGUUAUGAUUCAACCAGUUCACCAAUCAGGCUUUCCUCUGACAAAUAAGAGUAAUAUGUAUGCCUUUCAAAGAAAUAACCGCAGUAUAGGUUUCAGUCUUUAUUUCUUGGCAUUGGGCGUCCAGGAGCCAGGCUGGAAGGUGUUUGCGUCGCUGGUUGGCUCCUCGCUGAUCUCCGGCCUGCCGAAGCUGGUGGAGGAAGCGUGACCUUUGACUGCGGUCUGGGAGGGAGUGGCCAGCAGCCCUUCUUCAUAUGCUUGACUCUGCAGUAGCAGGUCCCGCUCAUCUGCAUCUCUGGCUUUCUGUUUGAUCUCAACUCUGUAGCGCUCGUUUUUCAGCAGCUCCUAGAGAACAGAAGAACAAGAGAAGGAAAGGGUGCUUUAGUUAUGAGCUUCACUCAUAUUGUAAUCAGGUUUGUAAAAUGCUCUUUAUUCACAGAAAAUAAGUUAAUUUACUGAAUUCAGAUUAAAGACACAGAUACAUGAAUGUCAAAUUCUUUCAACCUCACUCCAGUCAUAUACCAAACUUAUAGACACACAAACAAGGAGGGAUCUACUCAAAGCCGACAGGCCUUCACACAAUGCUUCCCUUUUCUGCAACCAAUAGAACAAAAUAAAUAUAUGGUAAGUGGCAGAGUGACAUGGAGACGGACUGAGCUACUAUGUUAAACUGCUAAAAGUCUGAUACAGGACAUUGAAAUCUGUGGAUAAAUAUUUACACUUUGUGCUAUAAUUGGCCUGAGCAUGAACCCAAUCCACAUCCAUGAGACAACUACCGGAUGUUACAAUUGCCAAAAACAAUUUUGCUGCACAGUGAUACAUUUUACAAUCAGGAAGACAGUUACUAUGGUAGCAAAUACUGUCUGUCCUACUACAAGAGAAAGUUGCCUGCCGAUAUUUCAGAGGAAAACAUAAUGAGCAGCUUU